AUGGCAGACUACAACACCAACAAGACUGGCGGGGCCAGCAAUGGCAGCUGGAAGGACCGCAACUGUCCCAACAUGCGCACCUGCUGGAGCUUCAGCUGGCGAGCCUAUGACCUGCGUACCAGCGACAAGAAGGCUCUGUUCCGCCGCAUCGCCAUGUGCCUAACACUUGUCAUCCGAACAUUUCUCUCCAUCCUGGGAAUCGUCCGCAACUCGUACGGCAGCGUGCUCGUUAGCGUCAUCGUCGGCACCAUCCUUACCAUCCUCAACUUUUUCUUCAUUGGAUGGUGUCUGGCCAAGAUUGGAGAGGCUGAGGGACAGCGAAGAGUGUUUGGCAAGCUUGUGGGACGAUUGCACUUUGACAUUUUCCUUGGUUUCUGCGCCGUCAUUCAUAUUAUCCUCUUACUAUCUGCCUUUAUUGCCUGGAGGGGCUUCGGGGGGGCUGGAUUGAAUGGUACUUGGCUUGCCAUGUGGCUGUUGAUCUUUGCCGUUGCAUGGAUCACGACUUGGGCCCCAGAGGGAGAGAGCAACGUCUGA